AUGUCUUCAUGGAGCUCUCCGCAGCGAAGCUCUCUACACAACGAUUUGACGUCGCCUCUGCGAUCGACUGUUGAACUCGAGGAUCCGUUCAACACCAGUCCGAAUCAUUCAUUUCGUGGUAGCGUGCACAACUCGCAGCUGUCUCCACGUAGCGAUCGCACUCCGCCUACUCCUUACUAUCGCGAUGUAUCUGCUUCACCCUACGGAUCGCGAGCAUACACCAUUCCCUCACCUGUGUUUGGCGGUCCAAACUCUCCUUUCCAUAAUUCCGCUUUCAACAUGGCUCGGCUGUUUGCCCGCUCACCGUUGGAAUUGGACUGGCUGUCUCGACGUCGUAGCAAUGCUCAGCAUAUGACCAGAACAAGAGGACACCGCGAAUAUCUGAAUAAUGUCGGGGAAACCAACGAGUCGGAGGGUUUUGGAAUGGCACAGCAAAAUGCGGAAAUUCAUGACAUGAUCAACCGGUUACGCGAUGCUCGAGAAAGGGCAGUUGUUGAUAAAAUGAUGACAGCAGUCAUUUUUUAUGCAGAAAAAGUGAUGAUCCUCACCAACGCCAUCGACGACAUUCAUGCCUUGGCCGAUGCCUAUUAUCGCACGCAACAAUAUGAACGUUGCUUGGAUUUACUGAACAAAAAGAAUAUGAUUUCACAAAGAGUAAUGUGCCGAUACUUGGCUGGCCUGUGUUCUUAUGCGUUGGGAAAGUGGGAGGAUGUUCUGGAUUAUAUCGCACCCGUGAAUCCGUUCAGUAAUGUCGAUCGCAAUUCUGGAUAUAAUGGUACCGUGCCCGAAGCAUUGUUAUGCACCCUCAGAGGACACGCUUAUCUAAAGCUUAAUAACAUCCGCGAAGCAAAGAAGUGUUACAAAGAAGCUCUCAAACUCGACGUAAAAUGCUAUGACGCACUGGAUGCCCUUGUGAAAAAUAAUCUACUGGAAACCUCCGAAGAGUGGAAUUAUAUAGAAACUUUACCAUUUGAAACCCAAUGCGGCGAGGACGCUGACCUGUUCCGAACGAUGUAUAUGUUGAAAUCUGGAAAGUUCAACCACUUUGACGAAGUGACCCAUGCACAACACAAAUUGGAGAAUAUAUAUCAUCUUGGAGACAGUCUCGAUGCUUUGCAGAGCAAGGCAGAAAGAUUGUUGAUGGAAAGCAAGUACGAAGAAUGCCUCAAAAUAUGCGAAACGAUCCGCGAACGGGAUGCAAUGUAUAUCAGUUAUCUGACACCAUACCUCACAUGUCUUUACGAGCUGAAAAUGAAGACGGAAAUAUACCAAUUGGCUGAAUACCUUGUUGAUCGUUUGAAUAAUGAACCUGCGACAUGGUAUGCCGUCGGUAUCUAUUAUAUGUCUUGCCAGCGAUAUGCUGAAGCCAGGCAUUACCUUCGACAAGCAACGAUAAUGAAUCCACAUUAUGAAGCCGCGUGGUUGUUGCAGGGUCAUGCAUUUGCUGCAGAAUUCGAUCAUGAAGAAGCCAUUGAUGCCUACAAAAAUUGUGCCACUCGCGUACCAGGAUCUCAUCUACCUUAUAUGUAUAUCGGCAUGGAAUAUAUGCACCAAAACAAUAUGGAAGCCGCACAGCAGAACCUCUUUCUGAGCUACCGAAAGUGUGGAGACGAUCCCUUUGUAUUAAACGAAAUCGGGGUGUAUUUUUAUCGAUGCGAAGAAUAUGGUCGCGCUUUACAUUAUCUACGAUCCGCGCUUCAAGUAGCGAAAGAUCGGCAAGGCAUGUUUAGCCCUAUUUGGGAGAGAUUAUGGCAUAACAUUGGUCAUUGCUAUCGACAACUAGGCGAUUAUGAACAAGCUCUGAAAUGUUAUGAUUUGGCAUUGAGCAAGAAUCCAGCCAACUCUGAUGCACGGACAGCCAUAGGCAUGAUCUACCAAUUGCAGCACAAAUAUAGUCAAGCGAUUGCGCAGUACAUGAUGGCAUUCAAAAAUACCAGCACCGAAGAUAUACUUGCAGAAUUACACCAUGAUGCGCUGAAUAGCAACCUGAAUGUGACGACCCUGACGUCUUUAUCGGAGGAUGUGUUCAGUGCGACCGAUGAAGAAAAUAUCUUUGAACAGAAUGAGCCAUCGCCAAUGCAGAAAUUCUCGAAUCUUGUUGAUGAAGAAAUCAAAAAACUCAAAUCAAAGGGAUCGGAUGAUGAAGAUGCAAAAAAUGAAGCGUCCAUAUUGGAAGGACUACCGGACCGAUCGGACGAUCCGAUAUUGGAGGAUACAGGCGACCUGGGACCCAGUGUCACCAAGAAAUGGUUGUAA